GGAUUCCCCGGAUGGAUGAUGGAGGCUCCUGGCCUCCUGCAGGGAAUUGCAGCCAUGAAUGAAGAAAACGCCGAUGGAACAAAUGGAUGCAGUAAAGUACGCACUGGCACUCAGAAUGAAGCCGCACUACUGGCUCUGAUGGAAAAGACUGGCUACAACAUGGUCCAAGAAAAUGGGCAAAGGAAAUUUGGUGGUCCUCCUCCAGGUUGGGAAGGUCCACCUCCCCCUAGAGGUUGUGAAGUUUUUGUUGGAAAAAUACCUCGUGAUAUGUAUGAAGAUGAACUGGUUCCUGUAUUUGAAAGAGCUGGGAAGAUAUAUGAGUUUCGACUGAUGAUGGAAUUUAGUGGUGAAAAUAGAGGUUAUGCAUUUGUGAUGUAUACUACUAAAGAAGAAGCCCAAUUAGCCAUCCGGAUUCUUAACAAUUAUGAGAUUCGACCAGGGAAGUUUAUUGGUGUGUGUGUAAGCUUGGAUAAUUGCAGAUUAUUUAUUGGAGCAAUUCCCAAAGAAAAGAAAAAGGAAGAAAUUUUGGAUGAAAUGAAGAAAGUUACAGAAGGUGUUGUAGAUGUGAUUGUUUAUCCAAGUGCAACUGACAAAACCAAGAACCGUGGUUUCGCCUUUGUUGAGUAUGAGUCCCACAGAGCUGCUGCUAUGGCCAGGAGAAAGCUGAUUCCGGGAACAUUUCAACUCUGGGGCCACACCAUUCAGGUAGAUUGGGCUGAUCCAGAGAAGGAAGUUGAUGAGGAAACCAUGCAGAGAGUUAAAGUUCUCUAUGUAAGAAAUCUGAUGAUCUCAACUACAGAGGAAACAAUUAAAGCAGAAUUCAAUAAAUUCAAGCCUGGUGCAGUGGAACGCGUAAAGAAACUUAGAGAUUAUGCAUUUGUUCACUUUUUCAACCGAGAAGAUGCAGUAGCUGCCAUGUCUGUUAUGAAUGGAAAAUGCAUUGAUGGAGCCAGUAUUGAGGUAACCCUGGCAAAGCCAGUAAAUAAGGAAAAUACUUGGCGACAGCAUCUUAAUGGCCAGAUCAGCCCCAAUUCUGAAAACCUACUUGUAUAUGCUAACAAGGAAGAGAGCCACUCCAAAAGUCUAGGCAAGCCACCAACUCUUCCCGCUCGUCUCAAUGGCCAGCAUAGUCCAAGCCCCCCUGAGAUUGAAAGAUGUACUUAUCCUUUUUUUCCUGGAACAAAGCUUACCCCAAUUAGUAUGUAUUCUUUAAAAUCCAAUCAUUUUAAUUCUGCAGUGAUGCAUUUGGAUUAUUACUGCAACAAAAAUAAUUGGGCACCACCAGAAUAUUAUUUGUAUUCAACAACCAGUCAGGAUGGAAAAGUACUGUUGGUGUAUAAGAUAGUUAUUCCUGCAAUUGCAAAUGGAUCCCAGAGUUACUUCAUGCCAGAUAAACUCUGCACGACGCUGGAGGAUGCAAAGGAACUGGCAGCUCAGUUUACGCUGCUUCAUUUGGACAGGGAACACAGUCUCUUCAGCCUGGACCUGUGUAGAAGAAUUUGGAGGAAAUAAGCAGGUCCUUUCUGAUGUUGCUUGAGCUUAUUCUCCUGCAGUUGGUCUCAUUCCUGUUCGUUAAACAUUAAGUUUCAUGACAACAUUAAGUUAAUGCUCAUGUGUUAUAGACCUCAUAGUGAAUGAUAUUGGAGGGUGAAAGCUUGCCCUGUAUAUUAAAUGAUCUUACUCCAUUUCUUCCAUUCCAACAGUAGCACAACUUUUAAAAAUGAUCGUUUUACAGACACAGUCACCACUUUGACUUAUGCUGUAGUAAAGAGCAUAGUUGAGUUUUUGGAAAGUACAGGAUCUACAAAUUUGGUCAAUAAAACACACACAUACAGAAUUACUACAAUUAAGGAAGCAGGAAAUUAUUGGUACAUAAGAUGAACGUUUGUUUGAAAUUAAUAUUUCAAAUAUAAUUGUUUUAAUAUAAAUUUGGUUAAUUUUGGAUAAUUUUCUAUCCUAUUAAGUUGAUAAUGGUUUUUGAUGUUCUUUUGGUAGAGAUGAUUCAUCUUACUGUUUUGUGGUACCAGUGAGACUCUAAUGUUAAAUUGAUAUUUGGUUGUACGAAUGUUUAUGCCAGCAUUUAAAUAAUGAAAUUUUGGACAGUUAGUUUAUACCAGAAGUCCAGGGGAAAGUGCUUAUGCUGGCUUUAUACUUAAUAUGGUUAAAACAAAGGAAAAAAAAGAAAAGAAACUGAAUUCACUGUUCUUUUAUCUUUUUCUUCAUGAUCUACCCUUGGUGUCAGGUCCAAUUUAACAGAAACUUUUUGUUGAUUAAAGAGAAAUCAGGGGUUCUCUUUUUCUGUGUUAAAAAGAAAAAGAUAGCCAAAAUGCACUGUAGUAAGACCUUUCAGACAGUGUUGUCAGUUAAGGAAAGAACCCUGACUUGAUGUAACUGCGAGUGUUUGCACUGCAGUGAUAGUAAUCUACCACCAUUACAGUAUCAUCAGGUAUUUAAAUGUUAGAACAUUAUGUUAAAACGUGAUUGUCAUUUGAAUGUUUUGUCUUUUGAAUUAAAUUUGUGUCCACAAAGAUGUGCAG